AUUUUAUCGCCAUUUUCUUGACUUCCCGGAUUGAUGAUGCUGUAUCGUAAAUAUUUACAUUUUUCCAAUCAUGAAGUUUGAAUGCAACUGAUGAUUGUACAACAUGCCUUUCAUUCAACGAGGUAUAGAACCAGUUAAUGUCAGCCAUGUUGAGGUUGACAAAUCGGUCGCUAACGAAUUAGAAUGCGUGACCAACCACACCCUGAGUUCUGUCAUUCAGCAGCUCAGUAGCCUCAGUCACCAUGCCGAGGACAUGUUUGAAGACCUUUCCAAGGAGGCGUCUAAUUUCUUUGGGAGAGCCAAUCAAUUACAAAACCGAAUUGAUCAUCUUAGGGAUAAAGUAAAACAGUUAGAUGCAGAAAGAGAGCAAGUUUCCUUACAAGACAUACAUUUAAGAAAACCAUACAAAAGUUCAAAUCAGCAUGAUCAACAGGUUGUUUCUAGGGCAACAAUACCAAAAUCUAUACAACAGGCAUAUUUUGAUUGUACAAGACCUCCUGCUUUGGAGAAACUUAAUGAGUUCAGGGAGGAUGGUAAGGACAGUAUGAAGUUUUACACAGAUCCUGGCUACUUCUUUGAAUUAUGGUUCUCAGAUAUACAGAAAGAUAUCGAACAAAAGAAAACAGAAUACAAAGCAAAAAGAAAGAAGCAAAGGCCUAAAGAAACGAAAACAAGAGCAAAACCUAAAGAAAUUAAAUUAAUCAAAGAAAAAUAUAAAGACAGAGCACAAGGAAUAGAAUUUAGUUCAGAAUAUCAGAACCCUCAACAAAUUUUGAAAGGAUUACCUUCAAAUGCGACUUCUUUAUCUAGUGCUGACAUUCAAAAUAAACCUAUUCAAAACCAUGUUUCAUCGCCACAGCAACAGAAUGAUAUAGACCCUAGAUAUUCACAGGCACAUGCGAACAAAAAGUCACAGUAUAUGAAUGGUCCAAACGAAUUACCAUCACCUCAGGACCCUCGAAUUAGUCAGAUGUCACAGCAGCAUCAACAAUAUUAUGAUCCAAGCAUACCAGAUCAUCCCCAACAACAUCCUGGUCAUCUACACCUUCAGCAGCAACAUCAAAGAGGAUCACGAGCACCGUCAAUGAUCAGUCCUGCUAGACCGCAGCAAGCUCCUCCUCCCCCUCCGCCUUUUGAUCCAAACAGUGACAGGAUGAGAGGGCAAAGAGACAGUUUGCCACCCCCUCCUCCCCCACCCCCAUUAGAUGCUGACAGUUAUAAUCAUAAGUCAUACACACCAAGUCCGCAGAUGACAAGAAACCAACAAAUGAAUUACGAAAUUAGAGGAGAAUCACCUCAAGGAGGCUCACCAGUACGACAACCUAGUAGUUAUUCUUCUAGUCCCUCGAGGCGAACACCAGAUCACCUACCUCCCCCUCCACCUCCUCCACAAUUCAUAGCAAUGCCAGAGACACCAAUAGAAAUUAUGCCGCCUCCUCCAAUAUCUCCGCCACCAAUGGAUGGAGGUGCUCCUCCACCCCCGCCACCUCCUCCCCCUCCUCCGCCACCACCCCCUCCACAGUCAAUGCCUAAUGGACAUGUGAGAGCACCAUCGGAUGGGGUGUCCAUAUCAUCAACUAAUAGUUCAUCAACGAUAGGAAGGACAGAAAUUGAGCAACCCCCUGCACCAGUGGAAACGGAAAGAAGUGCUUUAUUAUCAGAAAUUAGAAUUGGUGAUUGGAUGUCAAAAUUAAGAAAAACAGAGGAGAGAAAGAGAAAGGAAGAACAAAAGAAAACACCAUCAGGACGAUUUGAUGUGCAUUCAAUAAUGAACCGGGCAUUUGAAAUGAGACGGAAGGCUAUGGAAGCUAGUGAUAGUGAGGGUGGUGAAGAGGACUCAGAUGAAAACGGUGAAGAUGAAUGGGACGAAGACUGAUAAAAAUUAUGUGAAAUUAGAGAAAUUUUUAAUGAAAUUUGUGAAAAUUUGAUGAAAGUGUCGUGGAAAUAUUUUAAAAGAUAAACUAUAGAUGCAGCUGGUAGAAAGUAUAAAUGAGAAGUGUAUACAUGUGAACUUCCAAGCCUGUAAGAGGGCUUUCUUGCUGGAAUAUUUGGAUAAAUUUACUACAUAGCUACAAAGGACACACUAAAAGCUCGGCUAUAAUUUGUAAAUUCAUAGAUAAGGGCUUGCUCUAAAGUCUGUUGCACGUAUGAAAGGAAUGUUAAAGAGCUGUCAGAUUAAUUGACUUGCAUAUGAUAAGCAUUGCAAAGGAAUGUGAUUGUCUGCCAACACAAUGCCUUUCAUCCUAUCUGGCUGGUAGCUAUUAAUCUGAAAUGUUUCUUUGCAGUAUUGUGAAUUUGAAAGCAUAUUAUUUGAAUUACUAUGAAUAUUUGAAUGAUCAUGAGAGAAGAUAAAGUCAUGAUCAUUUGUUUAUUUUCUCUCUAUUGAAAUAUAUUUCAGAAUAAUAUGUAGUCCCUUUCUGAUGACAAAGAAAAUUUAGAAAUUGCUUUUUUUUUUAGAAUUAAACCUGUAUAGGGCUCUUAAUUUAAGGAUCAUGAGGAUAGAAUUAUUAAAAUAUGAUUGACAUUCUUUUGAAAUAUAGGUUACAUGUACGUGUCAAAAUUUCAAGAUUUCAGGGUAAUCAACAACAUGAAGAAAGAAAUUCUAUCAUUUUUUAUUUUAACCCUAAGAGUUUGCUCAAAUACAGUUACUUGUAAAGAAUUAUUAAAGUAGUUGGCUUUUAUGGUCAUUCUAUUAAAUAAGCCUUGUCUAUGUGAUAGUUGUUUUCCCCACUUGUAGUUUGAAUGUGAAAUAAUGCUGUCAUUUGUAUUAAAUUUGAGAAAAAUGACAAAAGUUCCUCCCAGUUACUGAAUAGUCGACCCCUAUAUAAUAGUACUUUCAUACAUUUGAGAUUUUUUAAUUAAAUAAAUAUUGCUUCCAAUUAAUUAUGAAUGGCAGGGAUAAGAAAAUGACACAAUGAAUGAUGAAUAUUAGUAAUUUUGGAAGCUGAGAGGUCCAGAUGUUUGUUUUUCAACCUGUAGCAAAAGAGUUGUUUAAGCUGUGUUAUUAUAUUUCUGUUACAAAAAAUAUUAAAAGUGGAUUUAAUAUAAAAUUGUGUAAACAGGGCAUCUUGAAUAUAUAGGUAUUAAGACUCACAACUACAAUGUAGUUAUAUAAUAUGUGUAUUUCUACUCUGUACAUUUAUAACUAAACCUAACUAGAUGUACAAACUUAAAUUAUUUAUACAAGUUAUAUAAAUUUUAAACAUUGCCAAUUGUGCUUAUCGUUAUUUUUUGUUCGCAUUUUUAAAUAUAUAUAUAAUAAUGCAUGAAAAUGCUCCCGCUAGUAGAAGCUGAACGUUGCAAGGGUACUUUUAUUAUUUAUAUCAUAAUUAGCCAAAAUAUUGUCUUUGUAUACCGAAUCCUAUCAUGACUAAUCGGCUGCAGGACGUAAGAUUAAGUUCAAAUUAUACAAGUGAUAUUUUUACACAUUGAAGUAGUUAAAAAUAUUUGUUUUAAGUUUUGUUGCAAACAUCCAUGAGAUCGUGGUUUAUGUAGGCCUCGGUUUACACAUUUUUGACUCUAUAAAGAUUAAAUUUUUUCAAACUCAUCCAUUGCAUCAGGUUCUUCAGUAAUUUAGUAAACAAUAUUUUUGCAAAAAUACUUAAUAUUCUCUGUAAAACAUGAAGAACAGUUAAGACACAAUAUCAUUUUGGUAUUGCACUAGUGCAAUAUCAUUUGAAAAUGAUGACUCUAAUUAAUGGCAGAAGCCAUGUGAUUCAUGUAAUUUCAAACAUUUUGCAAUACAAUAUAAGGGUUAUUGCACAACUUUUGGUAAAUGUUAUCCCUUGUAGAAUAGCUAUGACAUUCCACAGCUAAUGUUAUAUGAAAUGUUUUACCACUUUUGAUUUGAAGACAUCUGCUGUCAAUUCACAGUCAAGAGUGGAACAUAUGGAAGUCAUAGGCAACACCAUUGAUUGGCUGCUGUCCACAUUUCUGGAUUAUUUAAAAUAUUUUUUUUUAAUGAUUUAAAAAAAAUUACUAGUUAUAAUUAUGUACUAGUCUGUUAAACUUUACUUGGAUCAUCAAAUAAUUGAUUGUUGCAAAUUUUCAUACACAGUACUGUUAUUUCUUAAUUUUAGUUCAGUAACCCAAAAAUAUAUGAUGACUUGUUGCAAUGUAUUAUUGUCAUGAUUGUCAUAUUUUCAUCAUGCUACAUAAACGUACGAUUGUCAAUGUUGUCAUCUCAUAAAAAUUGUGAUUUCAGUUGGAAAGUAUUAAUGAAACAACUCAGGGGAUAUCUUUUUGUCUUUAGAAAAAAAAAUAAUAGCACCAGAAAAAACUGUAGAUUAGUGGAUACAAUAAGUGUCUUAAGUCCAGGUUAUAUUAAGACUGUUAUUCUCAUGGAAUAUUCUAUUAGCUACAUGGAAGGGCUAAUUUGUCUUUUUUUUUUUGAUUUGUGUGUUUGUUGAGUUAAAUGUGCAUGCUCAUCAUUUUUUCUUCAUAAAAUUGAGUGAUAUAUACGUGUAAUGUGUGGAAAUUGUGUGAUUUGUAUAUGCAAAGUGCUACUGUUAUGUAAUGGUACUAAUUAGAACUAGAAAGUUCAUUGUUUUAGGUAAAUGAUUCACUUUUUUUCUGGAAAGUGUAAAUUUUGAAUUUAUACUGUAAAAGAUAAAGAAAACCUUUAACAAUUUUUUCUGGUUUAAUAAAUACACAAAUUAUUUCUACCUAUUUUUUUGUAUUUUCCUUUGUUUUCUUUUAAUACAUUGGUGCUUAUUUCUCUAAUUGUAAGUACUUUUUAAUUUAGUCUAUUUAACUAGAUUAAUAAUUAGUAAUUUCCUUUCAUUAACACUGAUCUCAAUAUGAGAGCAAAUUUUCCUCCAUAAUGCCCCAGGUUUUUUUUCAUCGAAAUAUUUUCUGGUGUAGAAUUUCAAAUUGGAACAUUGCCAAUGAUAUUUAUAAUAUAUGUCAUCUAAAUAUAUAUUUGAGAAAGGAGACUGAUCAGCCAUGUUGUUUAGUGAGAAAACAGAGCAACCGAAGAAAGUAAGUGGGUUUUACUAUACACAAAAAUAAAAACAUUUUUCAACAAAAAAAUCAGUUAGAUAACUUUUUAAAAAUACUGGUGAUUCUAUUUGUAAUAUUUAAAGCUCUCUGGCAUUGUGCAAUUAAAAACCAAAUGGUGUUGAACUUC